CCCGGGCCGCCCGAGGGGCAAGGGAUCGAGGGGCAGCGCGGACGGUGGCAGGACCAUGGCGACCGGGAGCGGGAAGAAGGUUUGCAUCGUGGGGUCCGGAAACUGGGGCUCGGCCAUCGCCAAGAUCGUAGGCAGCAACGCCGGGCAACUGGACCGGUUCGACUCGCGGGUGACCAUGUGGGUGUUUGAGGAGGAGGUGGACGGCCGGAAGCUGACCGAGAUCAUCAACUCCCAACAUGAAAACGUCAAGUAUCUGCCGGGCCACAAGCUGCCCCCCAAUGUGGUGGCCAUGGCGGACCUGGUGCAGGCGGCGGCCGACGCGGACGUGCUGGUCUUCGUCGUCCCGCACCAGUUCAUCGGCCGCAUCUGCGAGCAGCUCAAGGGACGCCUGAAAGCGGAGACUCUCGGCGUGUCCCUCAUCAAGGGCGUGGACGAGGGCCCCCAGGGGCUGAAGCUGAUCUCAGAGGUGAUCCGGGACAGCCUGGGCAUCCCCAUGAGCGUGCUCAUGGGAGCCAACAUCGCCAACGAGGUGGCGGCCGAGAACUUCUGUGAGACGACCAUCGGGUGCGGGGACCCGGCCCAGGGUCAGCUGCUGAAGGAACUCUUUCAGACGCCCAACUUCCGGGUCACUGUGGUCAAGGAAGUGGACACGGUCGAGAUCUGUGGAGCCCUCAAGAACGUAGUGGCGGUGGGCGCCGGCUUCUGCGACGGGCUGGGCCUGGGCGACAACACGAAGGCGGGCCUGGUCAUCCGGCUGGGGCUCACCGAGAUGAUCGGCUUCGCCCAGGCUGUUCUGCCGCCGGGCCCGUGACCCCCCGACACCCUUCCUGAGAGAGCUGCGGCAGUGGCCGACCUCAUCACCACCUGCUACGGGGGACGCAACCGCCGCCUGGCCGAGGCCUUCGUGCGCACCGCGCAAGGUUCGCUGGAGCAGCUGGAGGCGGAGAUGUUGAACGGGCAGAAGCUGCAGGGUCCGCAAACGGCCCGGGAGUCCCACGCACUCCUCCGGCACCGAUCCGCCGUGGACAAGUUCCCCCUCUUCACGGCGGACCUGUACCAGGUGUGCUACGAGGGCCACCCGGUUGUCGGAGUUCAUCCGCUGCCCUCAGAACCAUCCAGAGCACAUGUGAACCGCGGACGGCUGGCCCGGCCAGUCCCCCGCCCCCGGGGGCUCCCCACCUCUUCGAUGCAGGCCGCCUCGGACCGCCUGGGACACUUUCUCCUCCAGGCCCGGGACUCCCGUCUCUGCCCCUGCGGGGGGUGGGUGGGGGCCCCUCCGACCCUCCCCCGAGUGGGGGUGCUCCUCAGGCCUAGCACCGGUUGGACCCUUCGAGAACAAUACAGAAGAUCUGCAGCUCCCCGCUCCUGCGUCGGGCACCGUCUCUCCGGCCCCGUGCCCCCGGGCCUGGCAGUGCCCUCGCCCCGGUGCCCGGACCCCUAG